CUGGCAACAUCAGCGAGUGCGAAAACCUCACCGGCAGCGUUAUUUCUGCUCCCGGGCCGGCGCUCGUGAAAAUCCGUCCUUUUGACCUCUCCCGUGUUUGACAGUUAACCGCACCGGAGCGCGCGCUGAAAUGGCCAACGCUCUGAAGAACUCGUUGUUUGGUUCACUGCCGAAGAGCGCUUACGGAGUAACAUGCGCACGCGCUUGCUCGUGGUGGUCACAUGUCGAAAUGGGCCCUCCCGACCCGAUCCUGGGUGUUACGGAAGCCUUCAAGAAAGACACAAACCCGAAGAAGAUGAACCUGGGUGUCGGGGCAUACCGCGACGACGCCGGAAAGCCGUACGUCCUGCCUAGCGUGCGCAAAGCCGAGGAGAUAAUUAUGUCGAAGAACUUGGACAAGGAGUACCUGCCCAUCGGAGGUAUGUCGGAAUUCUGCAAUGCCUCGGCGCAGCUGGCUUUCGGCGAAGACAGCGAUGUCGUAAAGAGCAAGCGAAACACGACGGUUCAGGGCAUAUCCGGAACGGGCUCGCUCACAAUCGGCGCUUUCUUCUUGGGCCAGUUCUUCAAGGGCAACCGCGAGAUUUACAUGCCCACACCGACGUGGGGCAAUCACAUACCACUUUUUAAGCGCGCCGGGCUCGCGGUUAAGCAGUACCGCUACUACGACCCCAAGACGUGCGGCUUCGAUUUCAGCGGCGCGCUGCAAGAUAUCGCCAAGAUACCCGAGGAAUCGGUCAUCCUUCUUCACGCGUGCGCACAUAACCCGACCGGCGUGGAUCCGAAACCGGAGCAGUGGAAGGAGAUAUCGAAAGUGAUCAAGAGCCGUCGCCUGUUUCCGUUCCUGGACAUGGCGUACCAGGGAUUCGCCACCGGAGACAUCGACCGUGACGCGGCGGCCGUGCGGCUUUUCGCCGAAGACGGCCACGGCUUUGCUGUCUCCCAGUCUUUCGCCAAAAACAUGGGCCUGUACGGCGAGCGUGUGGGCGCAUUCACGAUGGUUUGCGGCUCAAAGGAAGAAGCGGACCGUGUGAUGUCCCAGAUCAAGAUCAUCGUUCGACCCACCUACUCCAACCCGCCCAUCCACGGCGCCCGAAUCGCGCACCUGAUUUUGACCGACCCCGAGCUGCGGCAGCAGUGGCUCAAGGACGUUAAGGGCAUGGCGGAUCGCAUCAUCAGCAUGAGGACGCGACUGCGAGACGGUCUGAAGCGAGAAGGGUCCACGAAGAACUGGCAGCACAUCACCGACCAGAUCGGCAUGUUCUGUUUCACCGGCAUGACGCAAGAGCAGGUAGCUCGGCUCAUUAAGGAGUUCAGCGUCUACCUCACCAAAGACGGCCGAAUCUCAGUGGCAGGCAUUUCUUCAAACAACGUAGACUACUUGGCACACGCGAUGCACCAGGUCACCAAGUGAAGAUAUGUCUUCACCACCGGCUUAGGGCAUCCAUACGCAAGACGACACAGUAUAAGCCUUUGAGUGUUGCCCUUGUAGGUUGGAUCACAGUUACAUCUGCGUCAAAAAGGCCGUAGGUGGUUGGCAUCGAUGUUGCUCGCUGCCGUGCUCGUGUUUGACUACGGCUUCACUCCUAUUCUCGAGUAAGUCAUCAGUGACACCUGGGACUUGUUCCAAAUGUGCUGUACGAAAGGCAUUAACAUUUUAGUCAUUUGUCAUUGCUUUAGCAUUCUGUUGCAAUUCAUUUUUCCACUGCGACCGGUGACAGUAUUGGUGAUGAAUAUGUGUCACAUUUUAACAAGCAGGCUCGGUACAUAGUUGGUUUAACGAUGAGGAGUUUUCUCAUGAGCAUCCUUUGCUGUAAUUUCUUUGACAUUUUACUGUAGUUAUUGAGAAGUGUUCAUUUGCCGUGGUAAUAGUUUUCGUGAAAUAAAUUCAGCUUGAAAUGA